AUGGCGGCGAUGGACACGGACGACGCUGCGUCGUCAAGUUUCGAGACCUUUGCUACCGCCUUCCGCUCUGCAAAGGACCUGGACUUGGCAACGCAGCUCGAUGCCGAAAGCGGCACCGCGCUUGUGUUUGCCGAUGCGUGUGCGCGGCGCGCCGCCUGGGUCCGGGAUCAUCCUGCCGACGACCAUGCGCUUGAGGAUGUAGACGCACUGGCCUGGGACGCUGAGCAGCACACGUGGAAGCUGAUUCAUUCCCUGUUCGCGUACGUAUGGGCCACUUACCCAAUCAUCCGCGACUGGCUCCAGGACAUGCUGCCCGUGCAGCACCCCGUUGAGGUGCGCAAGGGGUACCUGCCCUUUACGAAAAAUGCCUUGCGCGCCGAGAAGCGCACACAGGUCUCCGGCAUGCCAUCCCGGCGGCAGCGCGAGCGCCUCGUCGAGCAGCUCGAUCCCGAUGCGCCGCUGCGCGGCAACGGUGCCUGGGACGUUGACGACGUGCACUACGAAAAGGCGCUCGUGCGCAGUCUCUUCGAGUACGUGCGCGAGGGUUCGCUGCCGAUGGCCCUUGAUCUGUGCGUCGAGUCGAGCCAGUCGUGGCGCGCCGCCUCGCUGCGCGGCGCCCUGUUCUACCAUGACCCAGCGCUAUGUGGCCCGCCGCUGGACGAGCCGAUCGGCAACCGCACGCGCAGCGUGUGGCGCCGCGUCGCUCGCAAGGCGGCGGCCAAUCUAUCGCUGGACCCAUAUGAGCGUGCGCUGUACGGCGCCCUAUGUGGCGACCUCACGUCGGUCCUAUCGGUAAGCGAGUCGUGGGAAGAGCGGCUGUGGGGCUAUGUGAAUGCCCGCUUUGAGCAGCGUCUCGAGCGUGCCUUGGAGGCGGCAGCACCCAGCGCCGCGUCAGCGCUGGUGCUCGAUCCGACACCUGCCGGCGAAGAACCCACAGCCGAGGCGUCCGAAAGCCUCGACUCUAUCUUUGAGCAGCUCGCGCACGCGACGGCCCGGGCUGCCGAGGAGGCACUGGAUCCCUACCGCGUCGUGCAGCGUGCUGUCAUCACGGAUAGCGUACCGGACCUCAUCGAGCGCGUAAAUAUGCGCUUGCCAGAGAUGGCCCAGCUGGAGGAGCGCGUGUAUGCGCGCCUCGUACGGUUCUUUGCGCACCUUGCGCUGUUCUGCCAUCUCGUGCAUAUCCCGCUGCCUACGCAGGCAUGUGAGCCGAUCCUGAAUGCGUACGUCGGCGUGCUCCAAAAGGCCGGCGAGCCCAGCGAGCUGGUGGCUCUCUACGCCUCAAGCCUCGAGGACGAGAAUGCGAACCAUGUCUAUGCUGAAUUCUUGUGUGGGAUGGAUGCUGACGCCUCGCUCGAGGAGCGGCGCCGUGCGCUCCUCCAGGCGCAGCCACACGGUCUCGAUCCUGCCGUUGUUGCACGAGAGACCGUCGCGAUGGUCAUGGCCGAGCUGGAGCCGGCUCUGCACCCUAGCGACGAGAUUCGCGCGUGGAAUGCGGGUCUGAGCCCCGAUGAACGACGGCUGAUUCUCGCGAUCGACUGGCUGACCUUCUUCGAGGCAACGUACGUCGACGCCAUCUGCCAGACGAAUGCACUAAUGCGUGCAUUUAUGGCGACGGGCCGUCUGCACGCGGCACACAGCCUCCUUGCGCGCCUGCCGUCCGAGCUGCUGCAGGGACUGGGCGAUAUGGAGCUUGCCGAAGACCAGCUGCUUGAGCUCGACCACUGGCGCAGCUACUUUGAUGUGCUCGACAAGGGUGUCGCAGUGCGCGGACUAUGGAGCGACUCGGCGUUGGCCGAGUCGCGUGCGGAGCAGCGCGACUGGGCGCAGUCGCUGACGGCCGGCUCGGAGCUGGCGCGUCUUGCGCACAUGGAACUGCUCGAGCUGGGGUGGCUGCAGUUUGAGGUCACCGAGCCAGUGCGCCAGCAGCAGCUGCAGCUCAUCCGGCGCCGGUACAUUCCUGAGAUUGUGCUCAGCCUGCACUGGAUGCUCGUGGAUACGAGCCAGGUCGUCAAGGAGAAUCUCGCGCAUGCGCUGGCGCUGCCGAACCUUGUGGCCGACGAGCGCCUGCGCCUGUAUGUCGAGUUCCUCGCGCCCGACAUGGAUCAGAGCCCGUUGCGACGGUAUCUGCGGCAGGUACGGGAGGCGGCGCUCCUAGCGCUUGAUCGCGGGCAGAAUCCGCUGGGCGGGCACAAACCCACUGCACUCUAA